CCGCUGGGUGGUGGACUGCUCACACAUCCAAUGGCCUGACUGGUAGUAAUAGUCUGUCCGUGGUGCGGUGGUGGUGAACACACUGGAUGGGACAGGACAGCGCUACAUGGGGGACGCAGGCGACAGUGGCUGGUACCACCGCUCCUACACCUCGGGGGGACAAAUCCGCUCUGUUGGGAAAUCUCUAGGGCUUUACGACGCUCCGCUGUUUGAAAUUGACUUGAUGAAAUCACCAAGCCGAGUAUGAACACUUCGCAUUUGAGUGUCUCCUCUGAGCAUGGACUGACCAAAUCCCUCUCUGGAUGAUUUGAUGGGGCUGCUCAGAGUCAUGAUGCCGCCCAAGUUGCAGCUUCUGGCGCUGCUAGCGUUCGCAGUGGCCAUGUUCUUCCUGGAGAACCAGAUCCAGAAGCUGGAGGAGUCCCGGGGAAAGCUAGAACGAGCCAUCGCCAGACAUGAGGUACGAGAGAUCGAGCAGCGGCACACGCAGGACGGCCUGCGGGAACGGGACUCGUCAGCUUCAUCACUGUCCGACAGCGAGGACGAUGUGGUCAUCAUCUACAACCGCGUGCCCAAGACUGCCAGCACCUCCUUCACCAACAUCGCCUACGACCUGUGCGGGAAGAACCACUACCAUGUGCUGCACAUCAACACCACCAAGAACAACCCGGUCAUGUCCAUACAAGACCAGGUGCGGUUUGUAAAGAAUGUGACUGAAUGGAGGGAAAUGAAACCUGCUUUCUACCAUGGACAUGUCUCCUUCCUGGACUUCACCAAGUUUGGGGUGAAGAGGAAGCCCAUAUACAUAAAUGUGAUCCGUGACCCCAUUGAAAGGCUGGUGUCCUAUUAUUACUUUUUACGUUUUGGGGACGACUACCGGCCCGGCCUGAGACGCAGGAAACAAGGAGACAAGAAGACGUUUGAUGAAUGUGUAUCCGCCGGCGGCUCAGACUGUGCCCCAGAAAAGCUUUGGCUCCAGAUUCCCUUUUUCUGUGGUCACUACUCUGAAUGCUGGAACGUGGGCAGCCAGUGGGCUCUGGAGCAGGCGAAAUACAACCUGGUGAAUGAAUACAUGCUGGUUGGAGUAACAGAAGAGCUGGAGGAUUUUGUCAUGAUGCUGGAGGCUGCGUUGCCACGUUUCUUCAGAGGAGCCACUGAGCUGUACAAAACAGGGAAGAAAUCCCACCUGAGGAAGACCAGCGAGAAGAAGCCGCCCACAAAGGAGUCGAUUGCCAAGCUGCAGCAGUCGGCCAUCUGGAAGAUGGAGAACGAGUUCUAUGAGUUUGCACUGGAGCAGUUCCAGUUCGUCAGGGCACAUGCUGUCAGGGAAAAGGACGGAGAACUCUACCUGCUGGCACAAAACUUCUUCUAUGAGAAAAUCUACCCCAAAAACUGAGCAUUAAGAGACACAUGUCAAUAGAAGAGUUUGGAGUGUUAUGGAGAAGGAUGGACACUUUGUACAGGCUCAGAUGUUCAGUCUGAGACUAAAAAAAGAAGGAAAGUGAGGGUGAAUGUAAUAGACUACUGCUGACUGUGCGGCUGGUUUGUUCGUGUGAUUGAGAACAUAAUGUGGAGCUGCAGAACGAUCUGCCUCUGACGCAGCAAUCAGACUGGUGACAGCUCUGGUAUUCUGUGCCAGCCAACUGGAUGAAGAGCUUGUGUUUCCUCAGCAGGUUGCAGUCCCAGCAGCUCCGGGCCCUCCGCUCCCUUUCACUUCCAUGUCAAAGGUCGUCUGUGCAGAAGGCCUCUGCUGGGAUGUGGUCGGAUACGUCCUCUCCAUCAGCUGAUCAGACCUCUAACUCCUGAUUGGCUUCACUAUUCUCUGAUCCAGACAAAACAUUUUCAUUGGCUCUGUACUGUUUGGUUGUGUUUUGUUGUAUUUUAACUCUUUACUAUGGUUGUCUUUUGUAUGUAAAGACGGUGACAUUUUUCAUGGUGAAACAACAUCCCCAUGCCUCACCACCACUACUAACUUAAAGAGAUUUUAAUUGUAAGAAACUGACUACUGUGCUGUAUUAUUGGACUUGAAUGAGAACUUUUGAGGCUUUUAUGAAAUAAAAAUCCUGUGACCAUGGACUA